CCUCUCUGUUGGUGUUUGAUGGAGAGAAAAACAGAACAUGCUUAUGUUGCUGUGUUACUUCUAAUUAGACAGCAAUUAAUGCACUGGAAUUUCAGACGAGUUGUGAGUGAUUUUGAAGAUGCCAUCAUUAAUGCAUUCAGAUAUGUUUUCCAAAUUGAAGUACAAGGCUGCUACUUCCAUUCUGUAAAUGCCAUGGGCAAUCAUGCCAGAUUAACAAUUAGUAUUCAGAUACUACAUUACUUUCCAGAGAUUAAGAAUAUUGUUCGCCUGUGCUGUGUACUUCCUUUGCUACCACAACAUCUAAUUCAACAGGGCUUUGAAAUCAUUGGAGAAAUGGCAAUGGAAGAGCUAAACAUUUUCCUCUACACAUGUUUUGCUAGGCCAUACCUAGAGUACAUACAAUAUGAGUGGCUCUACCAUGCCACCAGAGGACCAACACUGUCUGUGAGUGGAAGUGAGCACAGAACAAACAAUGCUAGUGAAAGCAACAAUCGACGUAUGAAGCGGAGUAUUGGAGUCCAUCACCCAAAUAUCUACCACUUCAUAAGGCACCUGGUCGAUUUUGAGGACAUGGCGCUUGAUAACUUCAACAGCCUGACUGGUGCCAUCCUUCCAAACCGACACAGAAAUCAUGAGUCCAUCAGCAAUGAUGCUUAUAUCAUGGCAAUCACCUCACAGCUAAUGGUGAACAACAACCCCAAUGAUGAGCAAAUUCUGACAUUUUUAAUAUCUGCAGCAGUCACAUUGGAAGAUAUUUUUGCUGAGUUGUUCCAUUAAUAUUAAUAAUCACCCUGCAACUAAUGCCCUCCAUCCGCUUCAAUAAGUCAGUCUGAACAAAACCAUUUGGAUACAGAGUCAAUGUAUCAAAGUCAAAACUGCUCCUGUUCAAAGGUGGACUAGCUGUAUGACAAGAUAGCUCAAUUUCUGAAAUAGUAUUUUUGUAAGUGCAUGAAAAUUUUCAUAAUAAGUCUAAUAUUGUAGGAACAGUUUACAAUUGUGUUGUGUAAGAAGUUUUCAUAUAUGUGACUAUAAAUGUGAAGUUAUUAGACAGAUUUCCACUAAAAAUUAAUGAAGAAAGCAUAUUUAUUUUACUAUAAUUGGUAAGAU